UUGGUUGUACGGGUCUGCAAGUCUGAGGACAUCAGGCAGCGAGGACAGGAGCCUGAGGGCGCACUGUGCGCCCGGUCGGUGGGGACACGCUGCCAUGCAGAAGAAAGGCCCAGAGCGAGCCGGCAGCGAGCCCAGCGCGCGCUAACCGCUGAGGCGCGUCGGGAAGGCCCACCUUUUCGCCGCCACACCAGUUCUCAUUGGCGCCUCUUAUUUCCCCACGGAUUGGCUACCUCUGGAUCCAAUAAACCGGACAUGAGCCCUACUUCCGGUAAGAGCGACGUCAGCCCCCGGAAAAGCCGGAAGAGUGCGCUUGCGCGCGUUUCGCAAACUAGCUGCAGCUUAUGGGUAGAGGGCAUGGGGCAUCGAACUCUAUCCUCCGUCCCGGCCCUAUGGGCCUCCAUCCCCUGUCCACGCUCUGAGCUGCGCCUGGACUUGGUUCUGGCUUCCGGACAAUCCUUCCGGUGGAGGGAGCAAAACCCUGCGCAUUGGAGUGGCGUGCUGGCCGACCAGGUAUGGACACUGACCCAGACUGAGGAGCAGCUCUACUGCACUGUGUACCGAGGAGAAAAGGGCCAGAUUGGCAGGCCCACACCAGAAGAGCUAAAGGCCCUGCGCCAGUACUUCCAGCUGGAUGUCAGCCUGGCGCAAUUGUAUCGCCAUUGGAGUUCCGUGGACCCGCACUUCCAAAAGGUGGCUCAGAAAUUCCAAGGUGUUCGGCUCCUACAACAGGACCCCAUUGAGUGCCUUUUCUCCUUCAUCUGUUCCUCCAACAACAACAUUGCCCGCAUCACUGGCAUGGUGGAGAGGCUCUGCCAGGCCUUCGGACCUCAGCUCAUCCAGCUCGAUGAUGUCACCUACCAUGGCUUCCCCAGCCUGCAGGCACUGGCUGGGCCAGAGGUGGAGGCUAAGCUCAGGAAGCUGGGCCUUGGGUACCGUGCCCGCUACGUGAAUGCCAGUGCCCGAGCCAUCCUUGAAGAACAGGGCGGGCUGCCCUGGCUGCAGCAGCUGCGUAAGGUCCCCUAUGAAGAGGCCCACAAGGCCCUCUGCACCCUGCCUGGGGUGGGCACCAAGGUGGCCGACUGUAUCUGUUUGAUGGCCCUAGACAAGCCCCAGGCCGUUCCCGUGGAUGUCCAUGUGUGGCAGAUUGCUCAACGUGACUACAGCUGGCACCCCACAACAACCCAGGCCAAGGGUCCAAGCCCCCAGGCCAACAAGGAACUAGGAAACUUUUUCCGGAGCCUUUGGGGACCUUAUGCUGGCUGGGCCCAAGCAGUGAGUAUACCUAGGCUUCCUCUCCUCCUCCAGCCCAGACCCCAUAGGACUUCUCCCCAAGCCCUGACCCAGGGGACUCUUCUACUGUUGAUGCCUCAAGUGACCCUAAAGGAUUCUCUACCCUCCAUCUCCAGCCCCAACUCUAGUGGACUUGUGUUGCUCUGGCCCUGCUCCCCAGGAGUUCUGUGUCUCCCCACAGUACCACCAGCCCCACCGGCGCUGAACCCAGUGUACCCUGUCCCCACACAGACUCUUCCCCCUGCCCCCAGGUGCUGUUCAGUGCUGACCUGCGUCAACCCCACCAAGAAGCACCAGCAAAGCGCAGAAAGAGAUCCACAGGGCCCGAAGUCUAGGUGGAGGGCACAGGACAAAGGGAUUCUCCCAGUACCUUUCACCUCCGUUCCCCGUGCUCUCCGCCAUCCAGCCUCAUGUUGGGAAGGGGGCUCCUUGCAGCUACCUCAGGGGCGAGGCGCCCUCAAAUCAAGCAGUUUGCACAACAGUGUGGGGUGGGGGUUGUAUGGGGAGACAAAGCUACCUAUGGUUUCACCCUCUUCCCUUUAUUACAAGAAGGAACAAUAAAAUAGAAACAUUUGUAUGGAAAA